CCCAAGAAUAUUCAGGCCUAGCAUAUGAUAUAUAUUAUAUAAGUAGGCCUAGGCUUUAUCAUUCCAUCCAAUGAAUUAUCCAUCCGUUAAUGUGUCAUGAUGCCGUUUCCAUGAUGACGCUGUAGGCCUAGUCGGACUUCAGUUGCAUACGUAUACAGCCAGCCUGUACCGUAGUGUAGGCGUAGGGCCUUGCAGGCAUCAAGUGCAGCAGCAAUUGGCUCCCCCGAGCCGAGGCCUAGGCUUGACAGACUGUCACUGUGCCUCAAAGGAUUUGAUGGGCAGGGCCUCUACUUCUUGUCAUGUCGGUAAUCAUCUGCUCUACUGUUAUUUCUUUUUUCAGUGUUUAAAGAUGGAUGCAUUUUUCAAGGGUAAAAGACCAGUUCAAUCAAAGGACAAAGCUGGGUCGUCAGAGAAGCCAAAGAGAAAUGUUCCUUGGAUAGAAAAAUACCGACCGAAAAACAUUGACGAAGUUGCCCACCAGGACGAAGUGAUAGGAGUUCUCAGGAAAUCGUUAGAAGGAUCAGACCUUCCAAACUUAUUAUUCUAUGGGCCACCUGGAACAGGAAAAACGUCUACAAUUUUAGCUGCAGCAAGACAGUUAUAUGGCAAUGAUCUUUACAAGAAUCGUGUCCUGGAGUUGAAUGCAUCUGACGAGCGUGGUAUCAGUGUCGUCAGAGAAAAAGUGAAGAACUUUGCACAGUUGACGGCAAAUGCAAAAAGGCCAGACGGGAAGCCAUGCCCAGCCUUCAAAAUCGUCAUCUUAGAUGAAGCCGACUCGAUGACCGGUGCUGCUCAAGCUGCCCUCCGAAGAACCAUGGAAAAACAAUCAAAGACAACACGAUUCUGCCUCAUCUGUAAUUAUGUCAGUCGUAUUAUCGAACCAAUCACAUCCAGAUGUGCAAAGUUCCGAUUCAAGGCACUAGAUGGCGUGGUGCUGGAGAGUCGACUGAAACAUAUAUGUGAGCAAGAGAAUGUGAAAUACAAUGAAGGGUCCAUGGAGGCUUUGAUGGAAACGUCAGAAGGUGACAUGAGGAAGGCGAUCACAUAUCUACAGAGCGCUCACAGAUUGAAGGGAGAAGAUGGAAUUGAUGCACAAGAUAUCUGGGAAAUAGCCGGGAUUAUACCAAAAGAUGUGAUUGAUCAUAUUCUUACUGUCUGCCAUUCAAAUUCAUAUGAAAAAUUGGAAGUUGCUGUUAAGGACCUGAUUGCUGAGGGCCACUCGGCCUAUCAGAUUCUCCAGCAGUUACAUAUGAUAAUGGCCCAAAAAGAGGAACUCGGCGAUAAACAGAAAUCCAUCGUGUGUGAAAAGAUGGCGGUUGUAGACAAGUGCUUGAUGGAUGGUGCUGAUGAGUAUCUUCAGAUUAUGGAUCUGUGUACGGUUAUGAUGCAACAGAUAUGCCAAGGAGAAAAAUAGUCCUUGUUUUGCAUCGCAGCUUUGGAUCCUUGGAAUCGAUCAAAACUUCAGUGCAAAAUGAUGUCAUUGGCACCAAAAACGACUUCUUUUGACUUCGAAUUCGAUUCCUCAUAUUGUACAUUAUAUCAUAUUUAAUAAGGCAGGAUCGGGAAUGAUUAUAACAUUGUUCUAGGUCCACAGGCUGAACAGGAAUGCUCUACCUGGCUUUGUGAUGAAUCCAUUUGAACUGUUUCACCUACAUGUAUCAUGUCACAACCAUUUUCAA